UCCAAUUUCUCACCCUUAUAAUCGAGAUUAGGAAUUAGUUCGUGUAGGUGAUGCUGAUAGAGGAAACAGGCUUCGAGAAGACGUAGAGAUGGGGAGUUUAAUUUGAAAAGUUAGGGUUUUGAAUUUUAUCGAAGUUUCAAUUCAGUGAUAAACAAGAAGAAAUUAUAGAUUGGGUUUGGUGAUUUGAGCAUUAUAAAUCGAUGUGUUGAGCUAAAAUUGGAGAAAGAAGUGAGAUCAGAGGAGGAAAUUUAGGGUUCUAAGAAUAGAUGAUGGCGAUUAAAAAUAAAAUUGAUAGUUAGGGUUUGAAGUGAUGAUUCAGAAGUUCAAUCGAGGAAAAACAGGAAAUCAAAAUCAACUGCUUCAAUCUAACAGUUUGGAUAAGGUCUAAUUGCAGUCGAUUUUAAAUGGCUUCGUUGGGAUUGCAGUUUUCAAUUGAACUACUGUCUAGGUUUAUCUCCGGUGGCGAGGCCUUCUGUAAUGGACAGACAAGCCAUGUUAGCGAAACUGAUCGGGUGGAUAGAUCUCUUCUAGUGACUGAAUUUGGAUAUGAACAUGAUGAUGCAUGGGCAACAAAUAUAUAUUUAAAUAAUUUACUGAUAUCAGCAGGGUCUUGCGUAUUGAAUGCCAACGCCGGAAUUACAUGAACUGGUAACUUUGUCUAAGCUCAUCAUAUGGUAUUAUUGAGAAGUUAAGCUUGGUUUUAUUUGUUCGCAGCUCACCAGUGUUGAUGGCUUUAGAUUAUUUACGGUUAAAUUUUUGUACUUGGGUUUCUGUAAUGAAUACAUGGAUCACAGUAUAAUGUGAAUGAUUUGUAGAUUGAGAAUCCGAGUGUAUAUGAAAAAGAAGAAAG